GUGGUCUUCCCCUCCAUCCUCUUCGCCAUCAGUCCCGGCAAGCAUGAAUCAUUCUCUGCUCCAGGGUGGCCCUGCGCGCGGUCACCAAGAUUCAAGGUCAACACAAGAUGUAAGGUCAUCCCAUGACGCACGAAGCAACUACGCCGUCCAGCCUGCGGCCAAUGUAGGCAGCUUCAAGCUGAAGAAGAAAGCUGUCAAAAUUGUGGGCGCCGCUGGUCCAGCACCAAGCGCCCCACGUUCCCAAGCUCCUCCUGCAACGACGGCGUCGAUGCCAUCAAGGGCUGCUUCAAAUUUUCCAACGCUGGGCUCUUCAUCUGCUCCUGGUCUUGGACUGCAACAAGCGGCAGCAAAGGAAAACGAGCCACCGCGACUUCCUCAGCUUGCAGUGAAGCCUAGCCCGCCGAUCUCAGUCGCAACACUUCCUCCUUCAAAUAUUGAGUUGCCUUCUCGUAGUAUUGCUGCAACGGGCUCUCUGGACGACAUGUUUGCGCGUUUGUCAGGUGUAACUCCGUCAAUGCCCUUGAGACUUGCCAAGGAACUCUCGCCUACCGGUCCCGAUAAGUCUUUCUUCGCAUCCGAUGACCGCGCCAACACUGUCGCAGCUGUAGUGCAGACGAAGACCGAGCUUCCUCGACGCGAGACAGCGCCCACUCAGGCGCUGUCUGAGGUCAAGCCAGAAUCCACUGCCAGUUGGCAAGGCGAGAGUCAAGAUGAGCGCGAAGCAGUGUAUCUCCGCAAGGCGGCAACGUACCUGGACACCCUACCUACCCGUCCUGGCGAUAUUGCGCACAUAAUCAAGGCUGUAGCAAACAAGCUGCGUACUGCUUAUGCUCAGAACGUAACUGAGCUCCAGCCCGAGGAGGUGGAAAAGUUGCGAGCUCGCAUUGUGUUUGCCGUGAUGAGCGUCGUCAAUAAGAAGAUCAAGCUCACCUCUGAGCCCCUGGUGACAGACUUCGUAAAGAAGAUUCUGCGUGAGCGCAAAGGCGACUUCUUUCAACUGUGUGCGGCUCUGGUGGAGAGUGGGUACAUUGCACUCAGCGAUUUCAAACACGUCACGGUUCUUUGCCAGACCAUACUCGAUGUGCUCCCUAAGACAGAUAGUGGCUCAGCGGCCGGAAUGACUUCGCUGAAGGCCCCCAGUUUCGAUGACAGCACAAAGCCAGCUGCAUCAACAACUCGCCCCGGACAAAUCCCCGCAGAGUCUGCCAUCAAGGAGAAGCUCCGUCUCCAAGAGAAGACUGACAGGAAGACUAGAUACGACCCACUCGAGGACACGAAGGCUUGGCCAACCCAGGAGAAGCGCGAACACGGCGCCAUUUACCGGGCCUGCGUCCUGAAGGGCGUUGGGGGAGUGAAAUCCCUGAACCAGCUUCAGGCUCUUGUGUGGGGCGGUAGGCUUGAGUCCAUUCAGCUGCCAGAGCCUGGAUCAGAGCACGCUCUUGUCAAGUUCCUUACCCCCGAAGCCUGCCAGACCUACCUCGAUGCUACAGAGAACGGCAUUGAGGUGCAGGGCGCUGAGAAGAAGGCUAUCAUCUUUGUGGACAAGCAACCGGGUCCGAACUCUAUCAAUGAUGUGAUCCAGAAUUGCAUCGAGGGUGAUGCAUCCCGCUGCGUUCGCGCUACCGGUGCCGACGAUGACUGGGCAGCUGGCGCAUUGUUCAAGCUUGCGCGUGGCAAGCAAUCGAUCCCUAGGGAUGUCGAUUGUAUCAAGCAGGGCAAGACUGCAAGAGAACACCACUACAUCGAGUUCCGCUUCGGUAACAUCUACCAUGCGCUUAAUUUCAAGCGCUACCUCAUGGACGACGAUGAGUGGAAGCAUUGCUCAAUCGGAUACGCUGAGGACCCGUGCCAGCUUGCAAGUGGUGUGCACUACAAGGACGCGGAUGAGGAAGGUGGUGGUUUCCUCGCCUGAAUAUGUGCGCCUGCAACAAGCGGCGGUCAGAGAACAAGGGCUACAAAGAUGAUUCGCGAUAUUACAGUGUAUUUGAGGGAUGCAGCUUUCAUUUGUUGGAGCACCAACUAAACCUCAACAUGCUGCCCAGCACAGUCUAGCUAGAAAGGUAACAAUGAG